AUGUCAGAUAAUAUUAGUAAUUCCAACUCCAAACGUGAUUCCGCUACACCCGCAUUAUCAGCAACAGCCGUAACUUCAUCAGUAUCAUCAACCUCAAAUUCGAAAACGCCCUCCCCUAGGCGAAAUACUCCAGCUAAGAAAAUAAACAAAAUUGUUUUUUCUGAACAUGGUUUUAGUAUCGGUGACAUUCAAAGAAGUCGAUCCUCGAGUCCCACUUCUGGAUCGAGGUCAGAAUCACCUGCAGUUUCAACCGAAUUAUCUGAAGCAUCAGGAGUCUCAGGAGUGUCAGGAGUGUCAAGGGUGUCGCGAGCAUCAGCUAAGUCACGAACCACUUCCUCGUCAUUAUCGGCACAUAUAAUCACUUCACAUUGGAAGCAGCAGUCUUCAGUUUCUGAUCCAAGGUGCAAGAUAUGCGGUAAAAAACUAAAUGUCAAGAAUGGCAUUGUCAAUUGCCGCAAAUGUGGUGAGUUAUAUUGCAAUGAACAUACACAUUAUCGAGUCAAGCUCCGAAAUCCCGAUCCGCAACAUGGUGAAACCAAGCCUCAAUUUGAUACCUCUGCACAUGGUAUAUGGUGCCGGUGUUGUGAACUUUGUUAUAUGGAAAGACGAAAAACUGAGGUUAAUUUUGUAGACGUGACGUUGGAUUUUAAACAAAAGAGACAAGAACACGUUGAUCAAAGAGAGUUGCACGAAACAAAAGUGCAGCGUAACUUCAUCAAAUUGACUAAUCUAAUGGUAGAUAAAAGCUUACUGAAGAGAGCAAAAGGAGGAAAAAAAGGAAAUUUGGAAGGUUUGGGAAAAAUUAAUAGUACCAGCAACGGUAUAUUUUCAUUUUUUAAACCAGUUAGUAACGAUGAAAUGAGUAUCAUUGGGGCUGAUAAUUGGGUUCCAGACGACAAUGCAACUAAUUGCACCAUUUGUUUUACAAAGUUUAAUUUCAUUAUAAGAAAACAUCAUUGUCGACUUUGUGGUGAGGUGGUAUGUGACGACUCUUCUGGUGUUAGGAAAAACUGUUCAUUAUACGUUCCGUUAGUGGCAUUUCUUGAAAAAUUACCAAAUUUGAAUUAUUCAAGCCAGGUUCGAAAACAUUGGAGUGAGAUUGAUCAAGAGUUGAGAUUUCGAUGUUGUGUAAAUUGCAAGAAUGCAGUCUUACAUGAUUGGAAACGAGUGCACCGUGGUCAAAUUGGAAGUGCUAGCACAAUAGGGGGAACAGAUGUCGAAGGCGAAGAGAUUUUUCGAAUGUAUGACGGCAUGCUCUUACAAAAGGGUCUUAUUGAGCAAAUGAUGCACCAAUAUGAAUUUGGAUCCCGCAGUGGAAUUACAAAAGUAGGAGGGACUGGCUCUGAUGGAGAAGAUGAAAUGAAAACGGGACACAAGUUGAUGUUAUACCUUAAAGAAUUUGAGAAUCUAGUAAUUCAGUUUAAAAAAAAGUUUUUUUUCAAGGACAAUGAUAAACUAUUGAUACAACAAGAAUACCUAAAUUUUGAACGUGUCUUGUUGAAUAUGUAUCAAAGCGUUGGUACUUUUCUACAAAAUAAUAUUAUUAAAUUCAAAGCCAUCCAGGAAGAGCGUCGUCCUAAAAUUGAACAAGCACUGCCAGAAAAAGAAGAAACGCCGGUUCCGCGUUUGACCAAGAAACAAAUUAGAGAACUUAGAGAGCAAUUAAUGGUUUUGAAUGAACAAAAGUUUUUGAUUGAGAAUCAAAUACAAGAAUUCACUAGGAAUAGACAAUUUGAUGAACUAAACACUUUGAUCACCAAUAAAGAUGAAAUCUUGGACACAAUUAAACAGGUAGAGAAUGAACUAGGCGAGUUUGGCUUCUAA